AUGUUCACCGUAUACGAGACUUCUGCACGUCCUCGUCGAAAUUCUGAAGCUUCUGUUCUAACCAGCUACUCAAUUACUUCCUCUCCUUUAAGUUCUCACCGAAGUUCAGUAACUUCCUUAUCUGAUCUAACUGCAAAUGAGUUGGCGUUUCAGGAGUGUAUUGAAGUUAUCGAUGUUAAUGUGGAAGAAGUCAUCACUAACAAAGCCGAUGCAAGAGAGAAAAAAUGGUGGAUCGACGGAAAUUAUAAAAUUAUUGACGAAAAUAGACUACCUCUUAUCCUUGUUGAAGGUGUAAGUUAUAAAGAAUUCGAAAAAAAAAGUGAGAUCGCGAACGCAUCAAAGUACUGGGAGUUUCAAGACGGAAUAGUAGUCAUAAUCGAGUUGCCAAAUCGUGAUCAUGAAAUAGCACAUUAUGCUUUCACUAAACAAUUUAUGCGCCAAGAUCCUCAGGACACAGUUGAUUAUGUUGGAUCAACAACUUGUCAUGCUACUCCAGGACGUAUAACAAGAGGUUCUAGUAAACAACCGGAUAGUUCAUUCGUACCAAGACUUCUCCCUAAGCCAGCCCAAAACCCAUGUGAUGUUCAGGGUAAUCCUUGGCCAACCAUUAUCAUUGAGGUGGCUAAUUCAGAAAGUCUUUCGAGAAUAAUGCAUAAAACCACCCAAUUCUGGUUGGCUCCAAACCGUGUAGAAGACGUUAUUGUAUUGAAAUUAUGGAAAUGGAAUUCAAGAAGAGAUCAAAACGGAACCCCUUUGCGCCGUCUCACAUGCUAUAAAUUCUGUCGUAGAAGAAGCCCACUAAAUGUACAUGGGAACUUUCAACCAGUCCAAACUAUUGAAUUCGGAAACAUUGAUAGAAAUAAUCAACAAUAUAAUGGAUGCACUACCGCAGGAAUGAGUUCCUUAAAUAUUACUCCACGUUGCAUUUUCAGAGGCUGUCCUCAAGUUUCACCAUACCCAAUACCUAAUCAUGUGAUCAUUGAUUUCUUUCCUAUUCAACAAUCAAUAUUUCGUGCUAUGUAG